GAGCAGUCCGGGCUUGGAGAGCGGGCGGGCGCCCGGGGCAGGACCGGUGCAGGCGGCGAGGAGGCCGGAGGAAGCACGCAGGCAGCGGGGCGGCUGGGGCGCAGUAGCCGGCGGCGUCGGGGCCGCAGCUUCGGCCCUUGGUGCGCCUCUCGCACCGGGUCUCCGCGCCCAGGGCGCACGGCGGGCAGGGACGCUGCACUGGCUGCCAGGCGGCCAUGGAGCCCACCCCCUCUCCCGACGCCGAGCUGAGGCCCCUGAUCCUGGCCAACGCGUCGGACACCUUUCCCAGCACCUUCCCGAGCCCGAGCGCCAAUGCGUCGGGGCCGCCGGGCGCACGGAGCGCCUCGUCCCUCGCCCUGGCUAUAGCCAUCACCGCGCUCUACUCGGCGGUGUGUGCGGUGGGGCUGCUGGGCAACGUGCUCGUCAUGUUCGGCAUCGUCCGGUACACUAAGAUGAAGACGGCCACCAACAUCUACAUCUUCAACCUGGCCUUGGCAGAUGCACUGGCCACCAGCACGCUGCCCUUCCAGAGUGCCAAGUACCUGAUGGAGACGUGGCCUUUUGGGGAGCUGCUCUGCAAGGCCGUACUCUCCAUCGACUACUACAACAUGUUCACCAGCAUCUUCACGCUCACCAUGAUGAGCGUCGACCGCUAUAUUGCCGUCUGCCACCCGGUCAAAGCCCUGGACUUCCGCACACCUGCCAAGGCCAAGCUGAUCAACAUCUGCAUCUGGGUCCUGGCCUCGGGUGUUGGUGUACCCAUCAUGGUCAUGGCCGUGACCCGCCCCCGGGACGGGGCAGUGGUGUGCAUGCUCCAGUUCCCCAGCCCCAGCUGGUAUUGGGACACGGUGACCAAGAUCUGUGUGUUCCUCUUCGCCUUCGUCGUGCCCAUCCUCGUCAUCACCGUGUGCUACGGCCUUAUGCUGCUGCGGCUGCGCAGCGUGCGCCUGCUGUCAGGUUCCAAGGAGAAGGACCGCAGCCUCCGGCGCAUCACGCGCAUGGUGCUGGUGGUGGUGGGAGCCUUCGUAGUGUGCUGGGCUCCCAUCCACAUCUUCGUCAUCGUCUGGACGCUGGUGGACAUCGACCGCCGUGACCCGCUCGUGGUGGCCGCGCUGCACCUGUGCAUCGCGCUCGGCUAUGCCAACAGCAGCCUCAACCCCGUGCUCUACGCCUUCCUGGACGAGAACUUCAAGCGCUGCUUCCGCCAGCUCUGCCGCACGCCCUGCAGCCGUCCGGAACCCAGCAGCUUCAGUCGCGCCCGCGAAGCCACUGCCCGCGAACGGGUCACCGCCUGCACCCCGUCUGACGGCCCCGGCGGUGGCGCUGCUGCCUGACCCGGCCGGGCAGGCCCGCCGUGCGCCCCUCCAGAGUAACCCUGUGGCACGCCAAGUUCUCCUGGGGGCGGGGGCCACGACGCGGAAGGGGACAGCUGGAUGGGGAUGAGGCCCCUUCCGUGGGGUGGACCUUUGGUCUGGGGCUGGCAGGGGGCAGGAAGAAGGUGGGAGUGCUUCUAGGCUGAGCGCAAGGUCAACGGCCUUGGGUUGUGUUGGGGGAGUUAGCGAGCCCAGGGGAACGGGACCUGCCGCUCUAGAACCGGGCGGCUAAACCGGGCCCCUUAGAUGGGGGUGGGGUCUCAACCUUGAGAGGGCCAUGAGUUCUAAUUGAAGCCAGGCUUGUGGGGGCAGCGGGGUCUGGCCUGAGACCGGCCCAGGACCCGGACAGGCAAUGAUGAGGAAGGUGGAAUUGAGGGGGAAGACUGGGUCUCUGCGUGGUGGGGAGGGGCCUCCUUGGGGUGACUGGGAAGGACAGGACAAGAAGCUGCGGCGACAGCUCAACCUUGGGCCAUGAGAUGGGGCCUCUUUGCGGAGAGGGGCCUCAGCUUGGGGUAGAGUCCCAGCCAGGAGGUCAUGACAGAGUCAAGGCCUGCCAAGGUCCAGGCCCAGCUUGACAUCUUUAUAAAGAGAAAAUAAUAUGGAGAGAAACAAUAUACUUUCUCUCUCCAGUUUCCCUGGAAUGGUAGAGAUGCCCAGCAUCCAAGGAGUGUCCCCAGCACAGUGUCCCAGUGAGGCUUGGGAUGGGGCAGUGGAGCAGGGCCAAAGGCUCCAGGGUGGGGUAGUGGGACAGGGCCUCAGAUGGUGUGGGAUCCCUAAUAGGGAGGAGUAAGGGGGGACCUGUGGGUCCAAAACCCCAAACCAGAACUGCUUGUCUGUCUCUGUGCCAAGGGCUAAUAGGGGGCAUCUGUUUUGAGGUUAGGUCCUCAAGCUGGAGGGCAGAUGCUUUGGGGGGUCCUCAUGACCCCAUUUUCUCUGGCCUUGGUGCUGGGGGACAGAGGUCCACACUAGUUAGAGCUCCAUGAGUGUUGGUGGCCCUGGGACUGGGUGGGGGGAUCUGAAGCAUUGGAGUGGAAUUUUCCUCCUCUCAAUCUCUGGCCUCUUGAUAAGAACCACCAGGAAGUCCUCUCUCCCUUCUCUAACAUCUGGCUGCACCCAGUACAUCCAGGGAACUGGAACUGCAUCCCACCCCAGGACCUGACUUUGAAGGAAUGGGGUGGGGGUGGAGUGGGGGGUGGGGUUUAUAAGCAAAAUGCCAGCAUCAGUGUGUUCUUCCGUCUCUCUCCCGCUCCCCAGGGUCCUCAGGUCCCCCACUUGCUCGAGUGCUGAGGGUGAGGUCCACCAGAGCUAGGCAUAGAAGUUUUUCUCUUAGUUUGGCAAUUUAUUCAACCAUUCCCAGAUCUUGGCUUCCCCCAGGAUCAGGGUCUGGCUUGUUUCCUGUGCCUCUUGUGUGGUUCAUCCCCCCCAUCCCCCGCCUCUCUCUGUCACACACCCCUGACUCCCUAUUGAAGCAGUGUGCUGACAUCUUUGUAAAAACAAAUUUAAUUUUCUUCCCUUUUUGGGACAGAUGGAAAGAAAUUGACGUCUUCAUCUCAAACAGAAAAAAAAAAAAGACACCUUUUCUCCUUUUGACAGUCAUUUCCUUGGAACAAAAGUUUUUUCCCUGUCUAGGAGGCUGUCACUCCAGCAGGGGGCUGAGUUAGCAUUCAGGGGGUUGGGGACUUAGGAACCAAGGUGAGCUUUGGGCACAUUAGGGCACAUGCCCUUAGUGGACAACCCCCCCCCUCCCCGGGAUGAGGGUCCUGGAAGCACCAGAUCUGGGAAUUCCCUUCCUUCAGGAAAUGGCUGCACUAGAACCCUGGAAGAUGUGGGCAUCCAGGCUGCUAAGCAACCGAGGUUUAGGGUCCCAGCACACCUAGAUCACCAUCACCAUCCAAAUGGAGCCUGUGACUGUAGAGACCUCUGUGUCUGGAUGGGGGAGUGUCAGCAAGGAGGGGGCACCUCCUGGACACUUGUUUAUCACUUGGGGCCCCUUCUGCUAAUGCCUUGUGGAGAUGUCAUAGAAAGAGGACUAUUUAGGAACUGGGGAGGACUGCUGAAGGAGGUGACAUUGGAGCCAGAACUGUAUUCUCCUUACAAAGACUGUGUCUCCUUCAGCUCCUCCCGGGACAGGCCUGUCUGGAGGCUGCUCCAGAUCCACUCAGUGCCAUCUCCUGGGGGUAUAACAGAUCUGCUUGCUGUUUACCAUUUCUCUAUAUAAAUCUGUCUUGGAGUUGGCAGGGGCCGGGUCCAGACCAUGUGCAUUUAAGGUAGAGCAAACAUAUGGAAAUCCACUUCACAUGAAAUGAGCCAGAUAGGGCCCUGCCCUCAGAACGUUCAAACCUGUGCUGGGACCAAAGCAUAAACAGAUCACUGCAUCUCAGUGUGACGCACGCAGUGACAGGGAGCUCCUGGCUGGGUGGGGGUGUCACAGGCAAGUGCCUUUUCUAGCUUUUUACUGAAAUCCAUCUUUGUAGCAAUUCUGGAAGAGGUGGAAAGGGCCAGAGGGCCUUGGAGGAUGAUGAAGUUGGCUGCCAAGAAGAAAGAAGAGUGUGUGCAAAAGCAGGGCAAUUUCAAGUGCCUGGCAAACGCAAGAAGCUAUGCGCUGCUGGAACAUAGGGCUUAGCCUAAUGCUUCUGUGUGCCAGGCCCCAUGCCAAGUGCUUGCUGAACAGUAUCCCUUUGAUCUCCAUGCCAGCCCAGUGGGGCAAGUAGUAUUGCCCUAAGUUUAGACAAGAAGUCAGGCUCAGAAAGGUCAAGCCACUUACCCCUAAGUCACAGAACCCGUUAGAACUCAAGUCAGUGGAACUCCAUAGCCCAAGUUUCCAGUGAACCUCAGGCAUCAUUGAAAUAGAAGAGCCUCAGUAGCUGGUACCCUGGGAGGAGGGUUUUGAAGACUUAAAACUGAGUGGGGAAAUCUGAGGGAAAAGGGCAAUUUUCUGUGAACUUUUGUUUCUCCUGAAGCUCUCCAAAUUUUCAUGUUUCAAAGUGUAUUGUGCAUGAUGCAUUUUAAAGCUCCAAAUUGACAGUGUAAUUCUAGAUCAUCACAGGGCUCUCAAAGUGGUAGAGCGGGUCUGGUUUCCUCCAGAAUUUCUACUCCUCUUUUUUCAAGAGGUGGGAGGACAGUUUUUGCCUCUGGUUUCAAGAUGAUCUCUUCUUCUAAUAGAAA